UCUCUGCACAUCCCUGCCGUUGGUUCGAAGCAGCAAGUGGUAUUUCCAGGUGUCUGGAUAAUGUCUGACUGGGAUAACGUCAACAAGGUAUGGUCAUCCGUGGAGGGGAACCUGCCUGCCCUCGGGCAAGCUGUUCUGCUCAGGUUAUUCAAGGAACAUGCAGAAACUAAGAAGCAUUUCCCCAAGUUUAGGGACUUGUCUCUGGAUCAGCUGGAGAACAAUGAGGAUGUCCGCACCCAUGGCAACACUGUGCUCCAGACUGUGGGCAAAAUAGUGAAGAAGAAGGGUAGCCAUGCCAACGAGUUGAAGGCAUUGGCAGAAACGCACAUCCACAAGCACAAGAUCCCGCCACAUAACUUCACUCUGAUCACCAACAUUAUGUUGACCAUCCUCACCGAGAAGUACCCAAGCAGCAUGACUGGACCUGUAAAGGAUUCAUUCUCAAAGGUGUUUCAGACAAUCUGCUCCGACCUUGAGAAACUGUACAAGGAAGCUAAUUUCCAGGGCUAAACACUGACCCUCCUGAAUAAAGCUCAUAAGUAACAGUGCAAAAAUUGUAUUAAAUAGUAUGAUAGUAAUAGUUUGGUAGAAGUGGCUAUUCCGCUUUUAAUUCCUGAUGGGCUUUAUAGACUGUAGAUCCUUUUGUUUAGUUCACAAUAUAAUGUUUUCUUUGUGAAUGAACCUACAAUGUAAUGAAUGUGUGGAAAUGCAAUUAGAUCAUCAACUACUUUCCUAUUCGCAUAUAUUUGAAUUCACAUUAUUCUACCAUUGCUGCUUUGGAAACUCCAUAGACUAGGUUCACAGUAAAGUCUCAACCCAGAGUACAAUAUAUUGUACCACUAAGUUCCUACAUUGGAUCCAGCGCCCAGCUCUAGGAUUCCACAUUCAAAGUUGGUAUGGGUGGGAGCUCACACCAGAAUAUCCACCUGGGCUAAGGUGUACAAUACAGGCAAAUCUGAUCCACUGCUCUCCAAAAUAAAUCAGAAAGCUUAGAUCUCAAUUCGUCCUGUGAAGUGGAUGUGUGGUUAGAAUUUAAAUUAUUUAGCUAACAGUGGCCAGCAGGUAAGAAUUUGAGCAAAGGCUCUGUUCACUGACCUCUCACUGACCACUGUAAACUUGAGUGGGUUCAGGCGGAAUGAACAGAGAAUCCCACCAUCAGAUUGAAUUUUCACGACCAAAUUCAUUGCCCAAUAGUUCCAAUACUUAUAAACUGGAAAAAUUUGGCCAUUUAUUUCCCACAACAGGAUGCUACCGAUAUACCCACCCAGGAAUGCAUCAUUCUUUGGCCUGGGUCUGAAGAUUGUGGGUUCAAGACUUGCUCCAAAGAUCUUUCCUCAUCAUCUAAGCUGACACACCUGCUGUGCACGUGCAGCACUGUGGUAGGAGCUGCCUUUCAGAUAAUAUGUUGUAACAAGGUCUUAUUUACCCCCUGAUAGGAUGUAAACAUUAAUGAGGCACUCACUCUAUAGUAAAAGAUCAGAGCUGCUGGGUCUGGUCAAUAUGUUUAUCUUUCAACCAACAUGACAAACAGACCAUCUGUCACUAACACUAUCUGAGGAACUUUGUUCUGCCCAACUUUCUACAUAACAACAGCGAUUAUACUUCAAUAGGACUUAAUUUGUAGUAGUUAAAGAAAUAUACGUCUUCCUUUCUUUAACCAUCCCUGAGAAACUGAUGAUCAAAUAUGGCAAAAUUAAAUUUCUCAAGUGUGUUAAAUUAAUGAAUAUUGUCUUCAUCUAUAAUCCCAGAAUGUGUUAUCUCGCUUGAUGCCAAGAAGGUGUUUGAUAGAGUUGCAUGGGAAUAUUUAUUUAACACACUUGAGAAAUUUAAAAUAUUAAAAUGCAAAUAACGAUUUUUAAUAAAUCCUGUCUGGUCAUAAGAAAUAAUUUGUGGAAGUACCUUUUCCAGUCUAGAAGCCAAUAUUUUGGAAAAAAUUUUGGAAUCCACAUUCAAUAAAGAAAUAGGUCUGUAAGAUGCACAUUCAGUAGGAUCUUUAUCCAUUUUCAGAAUUAAAGAGAUAGUUGCUUCAUAAAAAGAUUGUGGUAAUUCACCUACUGAUAGGGCAUCUUUAAAAAUUUUACCUAACCAGGGAGAGAGAAGAUCAGAAAAGGAUUUAAAAAAUUCAACUGUAUACCCAUCAGGACCAGGUGUUUUACCCGAAUUCAUUGAAGAAAUUGCUUUCUUUAUUUCUUCCUCCGAAAUGGGUGUAUUUAAUAUUGAACGUUCAUUGUGAUAAUUUCAGAGUCUUCAAAUUCCUUAAAAAUUCAUGCAUUAAUGUAGGAUCCUCAGGAAAUUCUGAUUGAUAUAAAGAAGAAUAAAAUUCUUGAAAAGAUUUAUUAAUUUGAUCAUGGCAAAAUUGUUCUGAAUUUACAGCACAGACCUGACGCUGACAGCCGAUGAUGCCAGACUGCGUAACAAAGAAAACAUUAUCUUGACACAUGCCCAGCUCAACCCUCAUCCUCUACUUAAAUAAGUUUCUUUUUUGGUAUUGCUUUUUAAAUAUUAAUUACAGAAGAUAUUUUAAUUCCUUAAAUCUUAGUAAAUCAGGAUCAGCCAUUCUUCUAACAUUUUCAGAAGCAGAAUCAAUUCUAAUUCAAAUCCUAAAUUCUUUUUCGAGGAUGUUUUAGAGGGGGUCAGAACAUUGCCUAAAGUUACCAUCUGCUUCAGAGACUGGCCAAGCUUAACACACUGCUGGUGUGAUCACAGUUUCCUGAUUUACAAGUAAACAGGAACAGUUCAUCAUAUCCAGAGCUCCUAGGUUAUGGUGAUUGAGUCAAUGAACAAAAUGUUUUGGGAAUGAAUACCUUGAUUCUGCUAGUCUAUUUGCAUGUAGACAGAUCAAGUAGUGUAAUGUACAACUUGUAACUUUUUAGCAGCAGCAGAACAUGUUAAUUCCAAUUUUAUCUUCUCCAUACACAGAAAAAAAUAUUCAGCUUGCCUGGGCUAUAGAUAUAAUCCCCUUCUCUCCCUCCUAAUUGUCUGAUCAUUCAACAGCCAACCAUUAGUGCUUGACUUAACCAAUACUCUGCCCAGGUAUAUAUGCCUGGAUAAAUUUCAAAUAGCGGGAACAGUAGUGAUUGCAUAUGACUAUAUGUAAUACACUACACUGGCCAUGUAAAAAGCUGCAGAUAUUCCAGCAGUGAGGGUGGGCUUCAGGCAACUGGAAUUAUUUUGACAAUUGCUAACUUGUGUUUUUCUGAAUUACAUGGAGUUGUAUAGUAGAAUAUCUCCGCUAAGGUACAGUGGAAACAAAACCAGUUAACUUGGCCUGGACAGUAGGAACUGCUUAGGACAAAUUCUUUGAUUGACCUGUACAUGAGAAAACUCAGAAAUAAAGGUUGGAUUUUGCUGCA